GAAGGGCUCUGGGGCUGACUGCACAGCCCCUUCCAGCGGCACUGAGUCCUGCAGGCGCAGCAGCUGCUGUCCUUCCACGAUGUGGCUCUUCUCUCUGGUCCUGGUCUCCGUGGCCUCUUCCACAGUUUGGGGGUACCCAUCCUCGCCGCCUGUGGUGGACACCGCGCAGGGCAAGGUCCUGGGGAAGCACGUCAGCCUGGAAGGAUUUGCACAGCCCGUGGCCGUUUUCCUGGGGGUCCCUUUUGCCAAGCCCCCCCUGGGAUCCCUGAGGUUUGCUCCGCCACAGCCUGCAGAUCCAUGGCCCUUCGUGAAGAACACCACCUCCUACCCUCCCAUGUGCUCCCAGGACGCAGUGAUGGGUCAGAUGCUCUCAGACCUCGUUACCAACAGAAAGGAGAAGAUUGCUCUCAAGUUUUCUGAAGACUGUCUUUACCUAAAUAUUUACACUCCCGCUGACUUAACAAAGAAAAGCAGGCUGCCGGUGAUGGUGUGGAUCCACGGAGGUGGUCUGGUGGUAGGCGGAGCAUCGACCUAUGAUGGGCUGCCCCUCUCUGCCUAUGAAAAUGUGGUGGUGGUGACCAUUCAGUACCGCCUGGGCAUUUGGGGAUUUUUCAGCACAGGGGACGAACACAGCCCAGGAAACUGGGGUCACCUGGACCAGGUGGCCGCACUGAAAUGGGUCCAGGAAAACAUUGCCAACUUUGGAGGAAACCCAGGCUCUGUGACUAUCUUUGGAGAGUCAGCAGGAGGUGAAAGUGUCUCUGUUCUUAUGUUAUCUCCACUGGCCAAGAACCUCUUCCACCGGGCCAUCUCUGAGAGUGGCGUGGCCCUCACUACUGCUGUGUGCAAGAAGGACUCAAAGGCCGCAGCUCAGAAAAUUGCCGUCUUCAGUGGGUGUAAAACUACCACCUCGGCUGUGAUUGUUCACUGCCUGCGCCAGAAGACAGAGGACGAGCUCCUGGAGACAUCGCUGAAGAUGAAAUUUUUCACCCUUGAUUUCCAUGGAGACCCUAGAGAGAGCUACCCCUUCCUGCCCACUGUGGUUGAUGGAGUGCUGCUGCCAAAGAUGCCUGAGGAGAUUCUGGCUGAAAAGAAGUUCAACACUGUUCCCUACAUCGUCGGAAUCAAUAAGCAAGAGUUCGGCUGGUUUCUUCCAACGAUCAUGGGCUACCCACUCGCUGAAGGCAAGCUGGACCAGAAGAAGGCCACAUCACUCUUGUGGAAGUCCUACCCGAUCGUUAACAUCCCUGAGGAACUGACUCCAGUGGCCAUUGAGAAGUAUUUAGGAGGGACCAAUGACCCUGUCAAAAAGAAAGAUCUGUUCCUGGACUUGAUGGCAGAUGUUGUGUUUGGUGUCCCAACUGUGACUGUGGCCCGUUAUCACAGAGAUGCUGGAGCCCCCACCUACGUGUAUGAGUUUCAGCACCACCCAAGCUUCUCAUCGGACAGGAGACCCAAGACGGUGAUAGGGGACCACAUGGAUGAGCUCUUCCCGCUCUUUGGGGCCCCAUUUUUAAAAGGGGGUGCCUCAGAAGAGGAGAUCAACUUCAGCAAGAUGGUGAUGAAAUUCGCGGCCAACUUUGCUCGGACUGGGAACCCCAGUGGCAAGGGGGCGCCCCAUUGGCCAGUGUAUGACCAGAAGGAAGCAUACUUGCAGGUUGGCGUCACCACCCAGGUAGCCCAGAAGCUGAAAGACAAGGAAGUGGCUUUCUGGACCGAGCUCCUGGCCAAGGGGGCAGCGGAGAAGCGACAGGAGACAGAACAUGUUGAGCUGUGAAAGGGCAUCCCAGCCAGCCUCCAAGGCCUAGGGGAACCCAGAUGGGGGAUUCUACAGAAGGUGUUACGGGCCUAAGAGGCAUCUGAUUGUGGAGGCUGGGGAAUUGUCUGGUGGGAGUGGGCAGAGGCCAGGGAGAGCGAAUUUCUAUAUCUGUGGCCUCAAAUUGUGGAAUAAAUGUACUUUUGGGGACUAA